ACUAGCCAGUAGCCAACACACGUCAAAGACGUCGGGCCGCCGGCACCUGCCCGAGUGGAGUACUCGAAGCGGGCGGAGUCGGCGAGUGCACACGUCAACACCCACCCGAAUACUAGUAGUGGAAUACUAGUAGUGGCAGCGUUUAUUAGCCGUCACACUCCCACACUCGGCCUGCCGAGGAGAAACUGAAGAUGGUUAGGGGCUAGAACGAGCGAGAGGCGGCCGGGAGGAGGGACCGAUUUGUCGAUGGCGAUCGGGGCGUUCGUGGAGGGCGCUCCGGCGGACGGCGGAGAAGGUUACAGCGGCCGCGUGACGCCCUUCGUGGUGCUGUCCUGCGUCGUCGCCGGCAGCGGCGGCGUCCUCUUCGGAUACGACCUCGGCAUCUCCGGUGGUCUUACCUCAAUGGACUGCUUCCUGAAGAGAUUCUUCCCAAAGGUGUACCGUCAGAAGCAGGACAGCAAAGUGAGCCACUACUGCGAGUUCAACAGCGAGCUCCUCACCGUCUUCACGUCCUCCCUCUAUAUCGCCGGUCUUGUUGCAACUCUGGCUGCAGCAACCAUCACAAGGAGGUAUGGCCGUCGCACAUCAAUGCUGAUCGGCGGCAGUGUCUUCAUCGCGGGCUCAGUGUUCGGUGGUGCAGCCACCAAUAUUCCCAUGCUCCUAAUGAACAGGAUUCUACUGGGGAUUGGUCUGGGGUUCACUAAUCAGUCAAUCCCAUUGUACCUGUCCGAAAUGGCGCCACCCCGAUACCGCGGGGCAAUCAACAACGGCUUCGAGCUCUGCAUCAGCCUUGGCAUCCUGUUCGCGAACGUUCUCAACUAUUUCGUCAUAAAAAUCACAGCAGGAUGGGGAUGGAGGAUAUCCCUGUCCAUGGCCGCACUGCCCGCCGCAUUCCUAACCAUCGGCGCGAUCUUCCUCCCCGAGACGCCAAGCUUCAUAAUCCAACGUGACGGCAACAACACGGACAAGGCAAGGGUGCUGCUCCAGAAGCUGCGCGGAACGGCCUCGGUCCAGAAAGAGCUCGACGACCUGGUCCGUGCUAGCGACCUCUCACGAGCAACCCGGUACCCAUUCAGGAGCAUACUCGAGAGGAAGUACAGGCCGCAGCUUGUGGUGGCGCUGCUGGUCCCUUUCUUCAACCAGGUUAGCGGGAUCAACGUGGUGAACUUCUACGCGCCGGUCAUGUUCAGGACGAUCGGUCUCAAGGAGAGCGCGUCCCUCCUGUCCUCGGUGGUGACACGCCUGUGCGCGACGUCUGCCAACGUCGUGGCGAUGGUGGUGGUCGACAGGGUUGGGCGCAGGAAGCUCUUCCUUGCCGGCGGCGUGCAGAUGAUACUUUCGCAGUUCACCGUCGGCGCGAUCCUGGCUGCGAAGUUCAGGGACUACGAGGAGAUGGGUGAUGGGUACGCGUACCUGGUGCUGACCACACUGUGUGUGUUCGUUGCAGGCUUUGCGUGGUCGUGGGGCCCUCUCACCUUCUUGGUCCCUGCCGAGGUUUGCCCGCUGGAGAUCAGGUCCGCGGGGCAGAGCAUCGUGGUCGCUGUGGUUUUCUUGAUGACGUUUGUGAUUAGCCAGACGUUUCUUGAGGUCCUCUGCCGCGUCAAGUCGGCGACGUUCUUCGUCUUCGGUGGAUGGAUCUGCCUGAUGACGUUGUUCGUUUAUCUGUUCCUGCCUGAGACCAAGAAGCUGCCCAUGGAGCAGAUGGAGCAGGUCUGGAAGACACACUGGUUCUGGAAGAAGGUUGUGGGAGAGGAAGCGGAUAGGAAAGAAGCAGGAGCAGGGAAUAUAGCUUUGUCGGGCUUGUCUUAGUCAUUUUCUGAGUCGGGUGUGUGUAUGUGUAUUUGAUCAAAACUGCAAAGAAAAACAUAGUAUACGAUCGCGACAAGCUGAUGUAAAUGUACAUUUGUAUGUAAAUCGAGUAAACUUAUCAGUCUGGCGUUGUUGCCAGUUCCUACAA